AUGGGCGUGACAAUGGGAAAAGCAAAAGGGGUGACAGAGGUGAAGAAAACCCCAAUCCAGAAUUUCCGCAAGGCUGCUAAGGUGGUGUCGAUAAUGAGGAAGACCAGCCGAGAUGCUUCGUCGAAGGGGAGCGACGACGACAGCGGCCCAGACACCAUCAGGCGUCGUUCCUCGUCGUCAACGGUCACCACCGAGUCGGUCCGUGAAGUAGAGGAGAACGGGACCAGCUUGGCAAGACGUGAAUCCCACGCCCUGCUGCUGGACGAUCUACGGGGCGGUAGCUCCCACAAGAGGGAGUCCACUCCCAAGAAAAUCGUUGAUGACUCCAGAACGGUUGUCUUUAAGGACACCACAGAUGCCUGGGCUGCUCUGAGGGAAGGGCUGGUCACGGAGACGGCUGAGAUUCCUGAGACGGAGUUCGCUCUUGUUGACUCUGCUCUGACGGGGUACAAGACGGUUGAGAGAGUGCAUGAUGUAGACGAUGAUGAAGAUGAUCUCACGAGGAGGGGGAGGUCAGAGAGUAAUGAAAGUGAAAUCAAAAUUCCUUAUGAACCACCAGGAGGCUUCAGUCUUAAGAUUCCCUCAGAUGAGAUGUGUGCCAUUUGCCGUUCCCAUUCCGGUGGGGUUUUAUUCCCCUGCCGUGUCUGCACCCAUGCGUUCCACGAGGGAUGUUUGAAGAAGUCUGGCCGAGCGCAGGACGCCACCGCCAGGCAGAUGCUGUACAGGUCCACCUCUGGAGUCGGCUGGUCAUGUCAUGACUGCGAAGAUCUGAGCCAACUACUACCCCAGGACGAUAUGAUCGAACUGAUGGAGGUUUUCGACAUGGCAGAUAUCGACUCAGAUUCGACGAUCUCGCUGGAAGAAUUCAUGAGGUACCGUAAGAAGGUGUUUCGAGACCGGGAAGAUCGCGACAUGAUGCGGUACGAGGAGGAGGACGAAAAGAACCAAUUCACGGCGAUAGACACGGACCGUACUGGGAGCCUAUCAUGGUGGGAGUUCCUCAGCCACGAGGCUGUCAGGAGGCUCUCUUCGUUGUCAAAGAAAAAUUUAGCCAAGAAGCUGAGUGAGAAGGAGGUACACCGGGCACGAGAGAACUUCCGUGCCUUCGACACGGACGGCGAUGGGGUCAUCACGGAGUUUGAAGCCAGGCGCGCCUUCCGUAGUUGGUAUUCGCUGUUUGUGCCCGAUCCAAGCGAAAUGUCACUAAGGGAUAGGCGAAAGAUUUCCGAAGAUGUUUGGAAAGCGAAGAAUAAGGAGUUUAACAUGCACAUUGAUACAAACACCAAUUUGCUGAUGAGUGCUGAUGAAGAUUGUUCUGGGACCAUUUCGUGGCAGGAGUAUUUACUAGAGCAGGCAUUGUUCAUCAUAGCAGCUCGUCCUAACGUAGGACCCAUCAAACUCAAUCGACGGCCAAGCUUUGCCCAAUAAGCAUAAGCUCAAGAUAAUUGACACAGCCUGUGGGGAACGACAAUCAAAAUAAAUGGAGGGGGCUCUGAGGUUAACAUGAGUUUUGUAAAUGCACUCAUUUCUAACCUCUUAGUAACCUCGUAAGACGCAGUAUGACACAAUGCAAUUGCACUGGGAAAAUAAUAUGUAAAAAUGUAUGAAUAAAGAGUAUGUUACUUUUGUUGUAUCUUUCUUGAUGUUUAUUUUGUGCCUAAUCAGAACUACAUUGAUACAAAUUAAACAAUGAUGGCACUGCCUAUGGGGCCAUAUAAGGGAGAACUUGUGUGACUCUAGGUGGCAGCAGACUUACAAGGUAACUCAAUAUUGUUCUUGGAAAUGUGAGAUGCUCCAUCAAUCAAUCAAUAUUGCACCGUAUCCUGCAGGACGUUGGCUCCACGAUUUUUUUUCUCCACUCUUGCUUAUCUUGCGCUCUUUGAUGUCCCAGGUAGAAGGUGCUGUUAUUGCCACCUCUUCCGAGGCCUACCCCGUCUAUUUUUUUUCCAGUAACUGCUUCAAGUAGGAUGCAUUUUGGGAGUCUGUUGUUUUUCAUUCUCACUACGUGGCCAAAAAAACGGAAAGUUGGAUCUUGUAGAUGCGUAGAGCGAUCAACUCUUGUAGGUUACCACCAGCUGACGCUCUCCUCCACCUCCAUAGAGUUAUAUAUAAGGCAUGCUCAUACUACAAACAAAAUGGAAAUUUGCUUUGUGAGUCUGCUGCCACUUAGCGUUCAAAAGUGUAUCAUAACUUAGCCUAGACUGGGCCCCUGUCUUUGUCCGCAUUCCAUUGGAUACAAUGGUAUUGGGUAAACGUGUACAGUGACAAACGUGAGAUUUCCAUGCCCAAACAGUACACUGCUGGUUUUGAUGCCGGUCUCUGGCGUUAUUCACGAGCCUCGAAGUGUGACGUCAGAUGUUCAGGCUAAACUUAGCCUAACUUUAGUUGAAAAUGUAAAUAAUUUGUACAGAAGACCUAACAAUGUGUACAUUAUGUCUCAUUACCAUUGCCAAGACGCAGUUAACCUAACUGGUACAAACUUGACACAUGUACAUUAUUGACAUACUACAUGUAUCCAUAAUGAUAAGACUAUUAUUACCAUCCAACCUCGGUUUCAUUACAUUGAUUACAGCAGAGGAACAGUGUACCAUGGCAAUAGUU